AUGAAAGGGUAUAAUCAACGAUUAAGGGAAUCGACUGUUGCUAUGAAGAACUUUGUGGAAGAAUAUUUGAGCAGAGGUAUAGCAACAUCGACCUGUGAAGAGAUUUACCAGAUUUCGUGUUAUAUGUCUAGGAUCAAUGCAUGCAGAGAGCUUCUAAAGGUGGUCAGAAAGAUGUCUAGAGCCUUUGUAGACGAAUCAAUAGAAAAGGCUUGCGAAGUGGACACUAUAAACAUAGGGAAGUAUCUAUACGAGUUUAAUUUUCAUUGGGAUAGAAGCAUGAAUCUCUUUAGAAAGGUUUUUAGCCCUAUCACACCGGUUGAGAGGGGAUUUAUUGAUAAGUUAUCCUCCAGGCUAUUCACACGAUUUGUGAAAGGGAUUGAAGACAAGAUAUUGGAGUUUAUAACAUAUAAUAUAAGAGAAGAAAUAGACUGCGAAAGAAAGAUGGAAAAGGCAAAUGAAUCUGGCCAUGGUAAUUGUGAAUUCUCUGUUAACAAAAAGCAAAAAUUAAGCCAAAGCGGCUCUGAUGAGGUGGGGAAGGAAGUGCCAGAUAGAUUUGAAUCGCUUUGUAGAAAGAAGCAGAUUUCUGCCAUAAUCUGUAUACUUCAAAGUAAAGGAUGUUUUAACAUGUUUUCAGAAAGAAUUGUUGGAUGCUUGAUCUCUGCCCUCAGCUCAAGAAUAAAUGAUGAGAGUCUUGACAUUUCUGGGAUAAAAGAUCUUAUUGAUAAAUAUAGGAAUGCUGAAUAUAUGAAAGAUUACUUUUAUACGGUUGAAUCCGGUUUGAUACAGAGGAUAGUCACGAAUUAUACAGACGAAGAGAUCUUUAGCAUUAUGGAUAGAGAAGAUGAAAUGAGACUGUCUGUAGGCUUUUUCUGCGCUUCAAACUCGGAAGAAAGACUUGUAGAAGCUAUCGGUAUGUAUUGCAAGAAAAUUAUCAAAGGUCUUUCGAUUGAUGAUUUUAUCGGAGGGUACUAUUGGAUUUACCUUAAGUUUAGAGAAAUAGAGAACUGUAAGGAUGAUGGAUACCAAAAAAUCAAGGAGGGGAUUGGAAGAUCCAAGAGGGAUGUUGUGAACGCCAAUAUCGAUUGUGCUGUGGAAAGUGUCUGCACAUGGACUGAUUCCCUAUUAAGGGGAAGAAUAGCUAUCAAAGAAGAUGUUAUUGAGGGAAUGGAACACACGGUUCUGAUCCCAGGAACUAAAAAGGAAGUUAGAAUGGACACAAAAAAAGCUUUGAAAAAGAUAGGAAUGGAAGAAAUUCCUCUUGAGAGUGGUGUAUGGAGAGAGUUUCUUCUGUCAAAUAUUUUUGAGAUGAUUGGAGAGAUUUUUCACUUUUGUAACAAUAAAGAGGUAUUUGAAAUGUCAUUGCAAAAUAAAUUAGGAAACAGACUUGUUUCCCGAUCUUCCAUAUCAACAGAAUGGGAGAACCUGCUAAUUGAUAGAGUUGACCCGAGUAAAUGUCGACUGAACAAGAUGAGAUGCAUGAUAAAGGAUUUUUCUGAAAGAAAGUUAUUUAUGGAACAUGAGAUUUUGCUUCUUCGAGCAUGUAAAUGGCCCAAGUAUGAUGACGUUAGUCUUGGGAUUCGAGAUGCAGAAGAGAUCAAGGAAAAGUACAGGCACAUGGUGAAAAACAAAAGAAAGAUAAUUAAAUGGAAUGACCUGCUGUCGUCGUGUGAGGUUGAGUUCUUAGGACGUGUAGUCAUGGUUACUUUGGUCCAAUACUUGAUCAUAAAACUUCUAGCUGAAGGGGACCGAGACAUUGAUAAUUUAAAGGUAUGUAAAACUUGGGAUAGGAAUCUUGAAGUUCUGGUGAGAAAAGGAUUAGUGAAGGUUAAGGAGAGAAUAUACUCUCUGAACUUGAAUUUUUGGGAGGAGAACUAUUCUGCGGGGUCGUUAAUUCCUCAUACCUUUGUAUUGCAGGAGAAGCCUGAGGCUACAAAGAUGUCAGAUGGGUUGGAAUCUUAUAAGGAUCUUUUGGAUUGUAAAAUAGUAAAGGAAAUGAAGUCAAACAGAGUGCUAAAUAAGAGUGAACUCAGAGAGCUUCUUGGACGAAACCAUCCAUUGGAAAUACUCGAUGAAAGAAUAGAAAGCCUUGCGUGCAGAGAGUUUCUAAGCAUUGAGGGAGAAAACAUAAAGUAUUUGCCAUGA